GGGCUGGCGCCCUUGGGGCGUGGCGCGUGAUAUCUGGUUUUGAGCGGGAAUUGAAACCGCCAAGGCUGCCUUCAGGCUCUGAGGCGCUGCGUCUGUCCCAAAGGUUCCUGAACGGACCAUGGUGCGCCCUUCGAGAAAUAAAAAACCAGUCAAUUACUCGCAGUUUCAGGACUCGGAUAGUGAUGAUGAUUUUAUUCCUGCAACCGUACCUCCAAACAAGAAGUCCAAAAUAAUACAAAAGGAGUUAAAACAAGACAAACCUAAAUCUAAUGUGAAGAGUCUCCAGAAAGAAGACAUCAUACCAGAGAAAACCCCUAAAAAAAGGGUGGCUUUAGAUGACAAGGUCUUCCAGAGAGGCUUAGAAGUUGCCCUGGCUCUAUCAGUGAAGGAAUGUCCAGCAGUCAGCAGCUGGGAGCAGCAGUCUCAAGAGAAAAGUACUGAAAAACAAGACAGCAGUAAAACGGAAAUAGUGAAUAAGGCUCCUCGUCUCUCUAAUUGCAGCGUAGCCAGUGAUCGUUUAGAUGGUCUGGAUGAGAUCACGGAGGAGAAUGUCUGUGGAGCUGAAGGGAAAAGAAAAGCAGCCUGGAAAGCUGAGGCUCAGCAGAGGAGGAUGCUUCUGGAAGGCAGUGAUGGCAGUACUGCCAACGACACUGAGCCAGACAGUGAAACCGGUAAAGCCUCAGAAGAUGAUUCUGAUUUUGAUGAGAGUCGGGGAAGUGAUGGAGACUUUGUUGUGAAAAAAAGUAAAGUUAAGGAAAUUAAGAAGAAAGACGUGAAGAGAAAAUCCCCGGUAGAAAAGAAAGAGAAGAACUCUAAGUCUAAAUGCAGUGCAUCAGUGACUUCAGGAGAUGCCGCUCCAGCUGUCAUCAAGUCAGAAGCUCCAUCCUUACCCAAGGCAGUUUCUCUUUCUUCUGAGGCCACUAGGAAACCAGCCAAAAUGUGCAGCCCUUCAUCUGAAGGCAAGAGACCCAAGUGGGUCCCACCAGCGGCCUCUGGAAGCAGCAGUGCCAGCCGCAGCAGCAGCCCCCUGGUAGGAGCGUCCAAGUCCCCGAAUCAGAGCCUCCGCCUCGGCCUCUCCCGAUUAGCACGAGUUAAGCCUUUGCAUCCAAAUUCCACAAGCCAAGUGUGGUAGUGAAAGGGUGCUCGAGAGACUGCGCUCCACAACUGUGCUAUGUGUAUUUGGUUCAUACCGACACUUGAGGGUGGCACUUUAAGUGCCGGAGGCCUUUAACGGGUCACAUGUGAUUUGUUGCAUUUGUGAUUAUGGCCUUGCGAAGCUUUUCAGUACUUCAGGAAAGGUUUGCUUGUCUAGUGCUAUCCUCUCGUGCCACUCCUGAAGAACACAUGGUGGUCCCUUAGGUAUCAUGUCAUAUCACUAAGUGGUUGUCAGUCUGACAAAGGAAGUCCCUGUCACUGUCACAGGCUCUGUCUUCCCAGCACUGCCUAAUGGCAGCACCUUACCUGAACUGUGUAGACUGUCGGGGAAGGGUCAGCCUCAUUUCCUUCAGGAAAUGGUUUCUAAGUCUCUUACGCUCCAUUGUCACGUUUAUCACAAGCAUGAAGCAGAGGAGCCUUUCAUUCCCAAAACUUGUAAUAAAAGCAAAAAAGUCUUAAAAUGUUCUUCUGUUUGAUACCAUGUAUCCAUCUAUCUAAUUGUCUACAUCUCUUGGUAAAAUGAGAGAAGCCUUCUGUGGAAACACAAGCAGGGGAAGCUGUGUUUUAAUCACUUUAGAUAAAGCCAGAGCCCAUUAUGUUAUUAGAUGGUGCAGCUUUUCCAGAAACUUAUGUUUAUUGUGAAUAAAACUAGUAAUGAUUAUUUUAUAUUUAUGAUGAGACUAUGAACCUAUUCUUGAUCACUUUUUAAUAAAGAAAAUUUCAUUAUGUUAACCAUUAAAAACUGUGCUGCCUGGCUCAGUUCUCAGCUCUGAAGGCAUCUGGGUUAACAUGAAUAAUUCUGAAUUAUUAAAAUGAACAUUUGCCUAUCGUUGUACAUUUUUUUUCUUGCCCAGUCUGUAUAUUUACACUGUCAUACACCAUCUUACCUGCAUCAUCCUCCCUUUAAAAGCCUGGCUUCUGGGCUGGAGAGAUGGCUCAGCAGUUAAGAGCAUUGACUGCUCUUGCGGAGGACCUGGGUUCAAUUCUCAGCACCUACAUGGCGGCUACAAACCAU